AUGGCCAUCCACAGGGCUUCGCUUCUUGCCGUCCUCUGUUGCAUUUGCCUCUGUGGUACUGUCAUUGCGGCUCGUGAGUUGAACGGUGACUUGUCGAUGGUGGCGAAGCAUGAGAACUGGAUGGCUCAGUACGACCGUGUGUACAAGGACGCCACUGAGAAGGCAUGCCGGUUCGAGGUUUUCAAAGCCAAUGUUGAGUUCAUUGAAAUGUUCAAUGCUCAGAAUCACAAGUUCUGGCUCGGUGUCAACCAAUUCGCUGAUAUCACCAAUGAUGAGUUCAAGACAACCAACACAAACAAGCGGUUCAAAGCAAACUCCAUCAGAGUUCUUUCUUCCGGGUUCAGUUCUUUCUUCCGGGUUCAGCAACGAUGGACUGGAGAGCCAAGGGAGCCGUCACUCCUGUCAAGGAUCAAGGCCAGUGUGUAUAACACUAUAACAGCACAAUUAUUUCUAGGCUGUUGUUGGGCAUCUUCUGCUGUUGCCGCGACAGAGGGCAUUGUAAAACUGAAAACUGGGAAGUUGAUCUCACUGUCGGAGCAAGAGUUGGUUGACUGUGAUGUUCAUGGUGAAGAUCAAGGCUGCGAGGGAGGACUCAUGGAUGAUGCCUUCAAAUUCAUUAUCAAGAACGGAGGCCUUACUAUGGAGUCCAACUACCCAUAUAUUGCAGCUGACGGCAAGUGCAAGGCUGGAUCCAACAGUGCCGCAACCAUCACUGGCUUUGAGGAUGUGCCUGCCAACAACGAGGGCGCCCUUAUGAAGGCGGUGGCAAACCAACCCAUGUCUGUAGCUGUGGAUGGAGGAGACAUGACGUUCCAAUUCUACUCUGCCAUUGGAUAUGGAAAGACUAGUGAUGGCACAAGCUAUUGGUUGAUGAAGAAUUCACGGGGCACAACUUGGGGCGAAGAUGGGUACUUGAGAAUAGAGAAAGACAUUGCAGACAAGAAGGGCAUGUGUGGUCUUGCCAUGGAGCCUUCUUACCCCACAAAAUAG